AUGUUGAAUCAGCCAGAGGUGCUUCUGCAGGAAAGUGACUUCGAGAAGUCAGAGUCCGGCGAGGACUCUGAUGUUUCAGUGCACAUAAACUACGAGAGGCACAGAACCGAUUUGGAUGCCCUCAUGGCACAUCAUUCAUCGGUGAUAAGAGCCACAAGACAGCGUGGCUACAACGAAGAUGCCAGUGAGGACCUUCCCAGCAGUGCUCACGAGUUGGCACAAAAGCAGCACAUGAAGGACUCCAAAGACUCCAAGGAAAAGCCGUCUUUUCUGAGCCGUUUCUUUCAUUAUUCCAAUGAAAGUGGAGCUGUGCAAGGAACGAAGGAGAGCAUCCUGGAUCAGGACAUAUCUGGCUUGGACGAUGCAUGGAUUCGUCGGUGGUCCAACUUGCUGGAGAAAGAUGGCCUUUUUUGUACGAAGAUUGCAACCAAUGGCAAGCCUUAUGAACGACGCCUUCAUGUUGAUAGCAGGAACAUGAUGGUGGAAGUGCAUCAAGGUCGCAAUGGGACAGUGGGUAUCUCUUUAGAUGACUUGGUGGACCUUUGUAAGGACCUGGAGAGCCCUGAGUUCAAAAAAUUCUGCCAGAGGCGCAAAAGUGUGCAAGACUUCUCACGCAGGGCAUUGAUUCUGCAGACACCGGCACGCUCAUUUUCCUUCCUCUUUCGCAACGGUUCUCAACGAGACGUCUUCGGCCACUUCUUGGUCUACUUGCUCAAAACCCGCGGCCGAGGUGUGAUGGCUGAUACAGCCUCCACAACUACGACUAGGGAUGAUGAGACGCCCUCUACAAGCAUACCAAAAGACGGUUGUGGGAAAGUCCUUUACCCAAACAACUCCUGCUAUGAAGGAGAAUUCCUCCACUACAUGCGCCACGGCCAUGGCGUUUUACACCUUCCGGAUGGCACGAAGCACGAGUCCGAAUGGUGCAAUGAUGAACGACAUGGACCCGGGAAAGAACAUUGGGCAGAUGGCACUGUCUUCUCCGGACUGUAUGUACGAGGCAUGCGUCAUGGUCAUGGCACUAUGACCUGGCCUGAAGGAUCGAGGUACACUGGGAUGUUUGAGCGAGGCCGCGCAAAUGGUGAUGGCGAAUUGAUUCGAACAGACAACUCAGUAUACCGAGGGCAGUUCGUGCAGGACUGCAUGUCUGGCUAUGGCUGCAUGCAGUGGGUAGAUGGCGUGGAGUACAAAGGGGAAUUUGCUGCCAACAAACGGCAUGGACUGGGGAAGAUGGCUUGGACUUCCGGUAAGUGGAUGAGCUACGAAGGUGCUUGGAAGGAUGGAGUGCAACAUGGUCGCGGCAUCCUGACAGACCGGAAUGGCGGCGCGUAUGUGGGCCAUUUUGUGGAGGGCAAGUUGGAUCACUGGGAGAAGGGAAAGGCGCCAACGUCAGCACCUGACACUGGAUCUAAGUGA